CCCUCUGCUUCCCUGGACUUGCAAAGAUGGACUUUGAUGGGCUGGUGACUCCUGUGAUGACCCUGAGAGCAUCACAGCAGAUUGUGACUUGGGCUUCCCCCUUCCAUUGUCUGCCUGUGUUCCUUUGUGGGUAUGCACAGGAGCUUUCAUCAUUAACCCAACACAAGUAGUAUAAAAGCUGAAUGCUUGAAGCCCUGGUGCUUGGUGAGAGUUCCCAUGAAAUUUCCUGUUGUCCCCACAGCUUCCUGUGGAAGAUGUGUGUGCCUUGCAGCUGCUGACACUCUACUGAGGAAGGAAUGUGAAACAAAGCAUCAGAGUUUGGGAUGGAGAUAAGGAGAGCGAGAGGAUAAAGAGGAGCUUGAUGUCUGAAAAAUCUGCUAAUCCAUGGUGGUGCUUCCAGCUUUCUCCUGUGACCUCUGGAAACAGGAUUGUUGUGGGGGAUCAUGUCCUCUCCAAGUGCUAGAACUAUCAUGCUGCAGUCAGCAAGUACAAGAGCACAGUCACAGCUUUUGUGUAACUGUCCCACACAUUACUCUAUGUCCUGAAAAAAACUUGCUGUUUCCUGACACCACAGUACUUGCACCUGAGACAAACCAGCGGAUCACAAAUCCAGACUGAAACUUCGGGUCAAAUCACUCUGUGUGCACUGUGUUUUCAAGCCUGUGCAUUGUACUUCGAAUGUGACAACUCUUAAUGAGUUGGAAUGGUCAUCUUUGAAUUCUGUGCUCUAGAUUUGGUUCUCCUAUCAUUUUUCCUCCCCAUCUUGUGGGCAAAGCUUCUGUGGGGAAUUUUUUUUUAAUCAUGCAUGAAAGAAAUAGCUCCCUGUCCACGUGGCUGUGAUCAGUUAUCUCAUCCUAGUUAUGGAAGAGCAAAUUUAGGGAAGUGUUGGCCUCCAGCACAGGCUGAGAACAAUGUGUACAAACACCUGCAUCCCUAGCUGAUGGGAAGGGCUUGCCUCAAGCAUUACUUACCAGAGGGGAAAGUAUGCAAAGGUCUCAUGCAUUUUAAAUUAGUUUAAUAUCAAGUGGGAUCAAACCCACAAAAAUUGAUUGGCUUGAGUACAGGAUUACUGCAGAAUAUCACAGUCAACUUGAGGUUGUGCUGGUGCCUUAAAUGAAUUUUUCCUCCAUCACUCCUGAAUUCCUUCUCAUUUUAACCCUGAAUGUAUACCUGAAUUUAUGGGUAACUGCAACAUCUCUGAAGUCACUUGUUCCUAUGGUUAAUUGCUGCCUUGAUUGUAUUUUAUAACCCCUGUUCAGUUUUCAUGAAACCACACCCAAGGUUGGUGCAUUUCAAAAGCUGAGAAAAAUGACAGGAACUGAAAAUUGUUCACUUGUGUCUUGUACAGAUUAUCAAGUUCUGUAUAUAGGUAUCACAUCUCAUAUUUUUAUUAUUCGUAUUUCCGGGUGCAAGAUUUCUCAGCCAAUUUAAGCUAAAAUGUUUGGGUUAGAUUUGUGGGUGCUUCUAGAGGCAGGAGAAAUGUCCAGAGAGGAGGGAUCAGCCCUGUGAUGUGUGGAAUACCAAAGAGGCAGCCUGGAGGGUGUCUCUGCUGCCAAAUAGUAAACUUCAGAGAAAAAGGAAGAGGGGGUGUAAGCAAACCUCAGGGAAUGCUGAGCUCUGGGACAGGCAAUUAAUAAAACAGAGAAGAUAAAUGAACGAAGAUAAAUGAAGAUAAAUGAAAUUCUGCUACAAAGAAGUCCAGGAUUUUUAUACAUCUGAUCUCAAGAAGCCUAUGCUGAAGGAAGUGAAUGCUUGGCCAUAGGCUGGAAAGAGCAGCAGCAGCUCUGGAGUUUCUUUUCUUUGCCCACAUGUGUGUGUUUGCCUCUCCUUGCUGUGCCUGACAGUCACUCUGCUGGGACACCCUCAGUGUCUGGACUAUGGACCACCUUUCCAGCCCCCUUUGCCCUUGGAGUUGUGCUCUCCCUAUGAAAACUUAGGCUGCUGUGACCAGGAGAGAGACAACAGCAUUGCAGUAAAAUACUGGGACAUCAUGGAUUACAUGGAUCCCCAGGGGAAUAAACUACGUGGAACAUGCAUCAAACAUGUAUCCUGUGUCAGCUGGGACUGGGGUCAGACUGCAAGGACAGGGUUGGGGGACUUGGCUCCCCUUUGCAAGGCUGGAGACUUUCAAUUUGGGAAGAGGGAGAUGUUCCUCACAGAUGUGAUGUGGAAGCAACAGAAACCAGGACAUUCUGUGCUGCUCUCUGUUAACCAAAUGGCAGCAAUGAAAAGUGAACUGUAUUUUAUGUCUACUUCUUAUCCCAGUGCCUGUGCACCACAUGGAUUGCUCUACAAGCUCAUUGAUCCUGCAAGGAGAGCUCCACCAGGAAAGUGUAAACACAAGCCUGUUCCAGUGAAAACAAAGAGCAAGCGGAUACCAUUUGUUCCACGUGCAAAGACUGUCCUUGAGCUGUUAAAUGAACCUUCAACAACCAUGCCUCCAAAAAUAUCUUCUAUCCUCACUGCAGCCACACCAAGAGUUUCUUCUAAGAAAGCAAAAAAGACCCCAUCCAUCAAAAUAAAAGAAUCAAAGCGUAAAGCAUCUGGUAAAGAGAGACAGAGAGUCAAAGCUGAGGCUAAACCACACAAGGGAAAGAAGAUUGGACACAAUUCCAGAACUGCACCAGCACCACCUUUGCCAAAAAAGAAGAGCUCCCACCUAACCAGAACUGAGGAGUUUCUUCCGAAGAAACCAUCACUAGCUAAGGGAAAAGUGGAGAAGGAAGAAGCAGUUUCUGAAGCUCAGUGAUGUUCCAGGAAAAGCAAGUAGCCUAUAAAAUGGUGAAACAAGUGUUGAAUAGCAACCAAAUACAAGAGAUUUUGGCUGACUUGUUAUGGAGUGGUCCCAGGUGUGCCCUUAUUAAUGGCAGUGUUAGCAGUCUCUACAUAUGUUUUAUUAAACAUAUUAAACUUUAACAGCACCAGCUUCCAAAU